GAACAGUAGCUAUGACAGGCUGACAGCUGAAUACUGCAUAACAUUCAAUAUAAAGUGACCACCUACCAAUAAUCAGAAAUCCAAUUCCAGUGAGCAGUCCGCUUCCGAUCAGGCGAUUCUACCGUUCUCUCUAUCUCUUGGGGGUGCUCUGAGAUCACAGUCACACAAAAUCAUGGUGAAGGCCGUAGUAGUUCUCAGCAGCAACGAUGGUGUAAGUGGCACCGUCAACUUCGUUCAGGAAGGAGAUGGUCCAACUACUGUAACUGGAAAUCUUUCUGGUCUCAAACCUGGACUACAUGGUUUCCAUGUCCAUGCCCUUGGUGACACAACAAAUGGUUGCAUGUCAACAGGACCCCAUUUCAACCCUGCUGGCAAGGAGCAUGGUGCUCCUGAAGAUGACGUUCGUCAUGCUGGUGAUCUUGGCAAUAUCACUGCUGCCGAAGAUGGCACUGCAACAUUCACCAUUGUCGACAGCCAGAUUCCUCUGACUGGACCGAAUGCUAUCAUUGGGCGGGCUGUUGUUGUCCAUGGUGACCCUGAUGAUCUGGGAAAGGGUGGACAUGAACUUAGCAAGGCUACUGGAAAUGCAGGUGGAAGGAUCGCAUGCGGUAUCAUUGGGCUGCAGGGUUGAUGAUUUUAGUGACUCCAGGUAAUAUGUUUUGGUAGAGCUCUAUUCUAUUUAAUGAGCUUCCAUUGGAUGUCAUAAAUAAAUAAAUAAACAGGCCUUUAAUAAUCUCUCCUGCACUCUUGGUAAUUAGGACAAAGUUUUAUUUUCUUUAUUUUCGUACUGCAAUGUACCCGUGGAUUGGUAAACUUUGGAUGGAAAUGUCACAACUUGUUUGAAAGAAUUGGCUUAGAUUGAUUGA